AUGUUGACUCCUAUUUUAAUCGCUUCUCUCCUUGCAUUGAUCAAUGCUGCAUCUAUAGUAUCUCGCUCACAGUCUUACCCUCAGCCCCAUGUACUCGGCCCCCAAACUACAAUAACCAUAGGUAAUAAGGACAUCGCUCCCGAUGGCUUCGCGCGCUCUGCAACUCUUGUCAAUGGUAUAUUCCCUGGACCCUUGAUUGCAGCUCAGAAGGGAGAUAACUUUUCCAUCCAGGUAAUCAACGAGCUCACGGACGAGACGAUGUUCAAGAGCACCAGUGUCCACUGGCACGGUAUCUUCCAGAAUGGGACGAACUAUGCCGACGGGACGUCCUUCGUCACACAAUGUCCCAUUGCACAAAACCACUCUUUUGUACACAAUUUCUCCGCCUCGAACCAAGCGGGUACUUACUGGUAUCAUAGUCAUUAUUCCGUCCAAUAUUGCGAUGGUCUGAGGGGAGCCCUGGUAAUCUAUGAUCCCAAUGACCCUUUGGCAUAUAUGUAUGAUGUCGACAAUGCAAGUACUGUAAUCACACUUUCCGACUGGUAUCACGUUGUGGCCCCCGUCUUGCGCCACAUCAUAGGUACAGAGGCCAACUCUACCCUUAUCAACGGACUGGGUCGUUAUGCAGGCGGACCCGCGUCUGAUCUAGCUGUGAUAAGCGUUGAACAGGGAAAGCGAUAUCGCAUGCGGCUGGUUGCAAUGUCCUGCGACUCCAAUUUCAACUUCUCCAUCGAUGGCCACAUCUUCACCGUAAUUGAAGCGGAUGGACAGCUGACUGAACCACUGGUUGUAGAUCAGCUCCAGAUUCUUGCGGGUCAGCGCUACUCUGUGGUUCUGGUAGCCGAUCAGCCGGUGAACAACUACUGGAUACGCAGUCUUCCUAAUUUGGCCGAUUCGUCCUUCGAGGGAGGAAUGAACUCUGCUAUAUUGCGCUACCAAGGUGCUCCGCAGGUCGACCCGAUCACGGUCAAUACACCAGCCCAGAACCCAUUAGUAGAGACCAACUUGCACGCUCUGAUCAAUCCCGGUGCUCCUGGCAUUCCAGGAUAUGGGAACGCAGAUAUCAAUCUCCACUUCGACGUUACCAAUAACACCGGAUCGUUCUAUCUCAAUGGUGUCUCAUUCAAACCCCCCACUAUUCCUGUUCUACUCCAAAUUCUCAGUGGAGCUCAAGAUCCGCUUCAGCUGCUUCCAAAUGGGAGUGUAUUCGUUCUAGGAGCUAACAAAGUGGUGGAGUUGACAUUGUCAAUAACACCAACCAAUGUUCCAGGUGGACCUCAUCCCAUACAUCUUCAUGGGCACGCAUUCGAUGUCGUACAGAGCGCAGGAAACAGUACCUUCAAUUAUGUGAACCCAGUUCGCCGCGAUGUGGUAAGCGCUGGCAACCCUGGGCAGCAAAUGGUGAUACGAUGGACGACCGACAAUUCUGGCCCGUGGUUCUUGCAUUGCCACAUUGAUUGGCACCUUGAUGCCGGUUUUGCCAUAGUAAUGGCGGAGAGUCCUUUGGACACCGCUGCACAUUUGAAUCCCGUACCACAGGAAUGGGAUAAGUUGUGCCCGACCUUUCAAUCUUUAACACCCACUCAGUUGGGUGGUGGUGGUCGCCUCUCCUGGGAAGAAGCAGCUAGUAUUACCACUCUCCUCUUCCCAGAAACACCCCUCCCCGGGUAUAAAGAUAGUAGAUGA